UUUCGAGCAGUCACGUGACGAGCGUCGCCCAGGUUGUGUGGAAAUCUGCAUCCUGCUAGUAGCACUUAGCUAGCAGCUGACCAAACAUCCAAGUGAUGUGUUGAUAAUAUUUUUUUCCAACAAAUGGAGGAAACAUGAAGGCGGCUGUAGCGGAGGCAGAGAAGAAAAGGCACUCCCCCUCCGGCCUUGCCUUUUUCGCUGAGACUCGAGGAGGUUAUUUAUCAACAGGACACUAGCCUCGGCUAACGCUCGCUCCAAAGUUUGACGGACAACAAGAGACAUUUGUUGUCGACUAGCUCGAUUUGGGCUUGUCAAUGGAUUACUUAUGACCGCAAUUGAUCGCCUGGGAGCGAGUUGUCAUACCUUCGCGAUAAAGACCGCGAGCCGGCCGAACGUGUUGACGCGACACGAUUCGAUUCAUCUCAAGCGAUUGCGCGUGAAGAGACGUUGACAACUCUUUAGCAACUAAUGCUAACUUCAGUGAAACAACAUAGGUUAUUAGCGAUGUAAACAGUCACGUCGUUCUCGGAGAAAGUAUCGACCGACGCAGUUCAAUCAUCCGAAUGGGAGCGGUUUGACGGCUGCUUUGUUCUUCGUGAUCAAAACCUCAAGAUGUCAAACGCUAGGAUUAACACACGAGCGACGCGUUUGCGCACAUCUGUCCGUUCAUUUCCACUCGCCACAAUGCAGCUGCAAUAAAUCGUUCCGUGGAGUGGAAUAUCGCAAAUCUCAAACAAUUCAUCUCAGACGGCUCGCAUAGGGAACUCCUCUUGUUGGCGUUAUGUCGGGGGACACGUCUGAUAGCAGCGAUGACUCCGAUGCACAAACAAAUGAAAGCGCCUGCACCGUCAAGCAUCAGAUCACCAAUGCUAACCUCACAGGACACACCGAGAAGGUCGGCAUGGAAAACUUUGAGCUCCUCAAAGUGCUGGGCACCGGAGCAUAUGGAAAAGUGUUUUUAGUGAGGAAGAACAGCGACCACGAUGCAGGCCAACUCUAUGCAAUGAAGGUGCUAAAGAAAGCGGCGAUCGUUCAAAAGGCUAAGACCACGGAGCAUACUCGCACUGAGAGGCAGGUGCUGGAGCACAUCCGCCAGUCGCCCUUCUUGGUCACACUUCAUUAUGCCUUUCAGACUCAGAGCAAGUUGCACCUCAUCUUGGACUAUGUGAGCGGAGGGGAGAUGUUCACUCAUUUGUAUCAGCAAGAUCACUUUUCUGAAGGGGCGGUGCGCAUUUAUAUUGGUGAAAUAAUUCUUGCUUUGGAGCAUCUGCACAAGCUUGGAAUUGUGUACCGUGACAUUAAAUUGGAAAAUAUUCUUCUGGACAGCGAAGGUCAUGUGGUAUUGACAGAUUUUGGACUCAGCAAAGAAUUUGUACAAGAAGAGAAGGAAAGAACCUACUCUUUCUGUGGUACCAUUGAGUACAUGGCGCCUGAAAUCAUCCGGGGGAAAACGGGCCACGGCAAGUCAGUAGAUUGGUGGAGCCUUGGAAUCCUGAUGUUCGAGCUGCUGACAGGAGCAUCUCCAUUCACUUUGGAGGGAGAGAGGAACUCCCAGAGUGAGGUGUCGAAACGUAUCCUCCGCUGUGAUCCGCCAUUCCCCUCCGUGAUCGGAGCCACCGCUCAGGACCUGCUCCGGAAGCUGUUGGUAAAGGAUCCUCACAAGAGGCUCGGUUCCGGACCGCGCGGUGCUGCGGACAUCAAGAACCAUGCUUUCUUCAAGGGACUGAACUGGGACGAUCUUGCCCAGAAAAAGAUCGCAAGCCCGUUCAAGCCUGAGCUGAAGAGUGAACUGGAUGUGGGGAACUUUGCGGAGGAGUUCACUGGGAUGGAUCCAGUCUACUCUCCGGCGAGCACACCCCCAAGCACCGACCGCCUCUUCCAGGGCUACUCCUUCAUUGCGCCUUCAAUCCUCUUCAAUAAAAAUGCCGUCAUGGGAGACUUUUUGGCAUCCCAGGUUCCUGCCGACCGCCCCGGUUCGGCCUCUGUUCAACGCAGUGCAAUGUUAGCGGAAUCACAGUUUUUUCUGAACUACGAGCUGCGUCUCCAGGGGCCGCCCUUAGGCGAGGGCAGUUUUUCUGUGUGCAGGCAAUGCACACACAAGCAAAGCGGCCUCGAGUACGCGGUCAAGAUCGUCAGCCGCAGAAUGGAGGUCAACACCCAGAGGGAGAUUGCUGCUUUGAGGCAAUGUGAGGCUCACCCAAACAUUGUUAAACUGCAUGAUGUCUAUACUGAUCAGUAUCACACCUACUUAGUUAUGGAGCUUCUGCGUGGCGGCGAGCUGCUCGAAAGGAUCACGAAGAAGAAACUAUUUGGCGAAGCGGAAGCCAGCCAGCUGCUGCAGAGCCUGGUCUCGGCCGUCAGUUUCAUGCACGAGGCCGGUGUUGUGCACAGAGACCUGAAACCAGAGAAUGUGCUGUUUACGGAUGAGAGCGAGGACUCUGUUCUCAAAGUCAUCGAUUUUGGAUUCGCCCGUUUGUGUCCCGCAGGCAGCGCCCCGCUGCAAACGCCAUGCUUCACUCUGCAGUACGCUGCACCCGAACUUUUUGAGAGUGCAGGAUAUGACAAAGCCUGUGACCUCUGGAGUCUUGGGGUCAUCCUGUACACCAUGCUGUCAGGCCAGGUGCCGUUCCAGAGCGAGCAGGCGGGGAUGACGUCGUCUUACGCUGCCGAUAUCAUGCACAAGAUUAAAGAAGGAGAUUUCUCCUUGGAUGGCGAGCCAUGGAAGGGCGUGUCAGAAGACGCGAAAGAACUGGUUAAAGGACUGUUGACGGUGGAUCCCGAGAGGCGACUCAAGCUCUCCGAUCUGAAAGAGAACAGCUGGCUGCAGGGCGCGGCAUCCAUGUCCACUACACCUUUGUGCACUCCCGAUGUGCUCGAGUCCAGCGGGCCCACUGUGCGCACCUUCGUCAACGCCACUUACAAGGCUUUCAACCGUGGUAAGAGAGAGGGCUUCUUUCUAAAAAGCGUCGACAAUGCCCCCCUUGCAAAACGCCGGAAACUGAAAAUGACGAGUACAGGCGUAGAGACCCGAUGGAGUUCGUCCUCUUCAUCCUCCUCCUCCUCCACUUCCUCCUCUGCCUCUGCAAAAGCAUCGAAAGCGCAGCCAAAGCAAAGUGUGAGCCCAAAGCAGAGUUAGCCUUAGUUGAGCAAACAGAACAAGAAUAGGAUGCUCAGACAAGUAAAAAAAAAAAAUGUACAGAUGAAACCAAGUGUUGGUUUUCAACAUAAAGUUGCAUUCCCCUUUAUUACAAUGUGACUGAGGAGAAAACCUUGAUCAUCGUGCCACAUAAAGCAAGCUGUGGUUGAGGUGUUAUUUAAGAUCCACACAAAUACAGUAUGUGGCCUCUGGGAAAUGUAUGAAAUAUACAGUACAUGCUCUGUAUUUUCUCACCAUUUGCCAGUAACUUCACACACUCAAAUCAGUUUUCAAAUGUACGUACUGUAUUUUUCGCUGCGGGAAAAACAGUGCCUGGCUUUGUAGGGUUAAAGGGAAAAACGAGCCAUUUAUGAGCUGAAGCCAUAAAUAUACACAGCAAAUACAAAUCAGUCAGAAUUGAGUACACACGUUUGCACAUGGCAGAUCAAAUUAUGCUAUUAGCAGUUAUUUACAUAUUUAAUAGUUCCAUUGUGUCAGGGUUUUUUUUUUUUUUUUUGGUUUGUUUGUUUGUUUGUUUUACAGCUUUCUGAGUGCAAACAUUAGGCUACUGCUUUUACAAGUGUGCUUCCCCCCCCCCAUCAGGCUGGUCAAUAGUCGUUUGCAGUUUUGACUGAGAAUGUAAUUGAUCAAAACGGAGUUUUUGAACUUUUGAGGUUGCAUAUAGGACAAGUCACACUAAAAAAAAAAAAAAAAAAAAACAUUUGAAGAUGAGCUGUGUGCUUACAGAGAGGAAGUAAUUCUUUGUGAAGUAAUUGCAGCUCCAAUAUUUGACAUUACUAUCCAUUGUUUUGGAGUGUAUUGGAAUGAAGAGUUUGACUUUCAGUGUUGGCAGCAUCCACAAAUAUCCCAGCGGAAAUGACGGCAGUGGUGAUUUGCAUUAUGUACCGGUCAAUUUCAAGCGUGCAUAUCUGUUAUUGUACAAUUUAUCUUGAAAUAUGGCUUGAUCAAAAUGGUUUUUGAUUUUUUUUUUUUUUUAUAUAAAGUGUGUGUUACUGCUAUUGUCCUGCCCGAGAAGCGCAGCCUCAGUCCAGCCAGUUACAGGGUGGACUUCUUUACCUGGAAUGUUUUUACAGCCCUGAUUUUAAAUGAUCGCAUUUUUUGAAAUGAUAAUGAUGAGACACUUAAUUAUGACUUUAAUUUCGAUCUCUGGGGGCCACCCUAUGAGCUCUGCUGUAUAUAAUUUGAUUUACAGAGACAAAUUAGGGAUGUAGUAAUUGAAACUGUUUUAAUGGUAUAUUUGUGUCCUUCGUGUGUUUUUUUAAUGUUUUUCUUUUUUACAUAUUGCACAGUCAUUUUUAUCAAUAAAAUCCAUUUCAGCUUUAAAGGUGCUUUCACUGCUAUUUAUUAAGUGUAAUUGUCUUUAAUGCUGUGGUAAUGGGUGCAGUUAAAUAGGCUUUUGUGUACUGUGAAUUUCGAUUGGUGGGUGUGAGAACAUGGCAUUGUGAGAUCACUUGUAUUGUCAUCCGUGUACCAAAUGAAGCAUUAUUGUAUGAUUUUGUCCCUUAAGUUGUUUGCUGCCUUUAAAACAGGUUGUUUUGUUUAUGAGCAUUUCACUUAAACUGUGCUGACUGGUGUGGACCGUUUUGGAGUAAAGGUUUUUCGGUGUCCUGUUCCACCUUUUUUAAAACAUGACUUGUAUUACAAUUCCAUGGAAUGUCAUUGAUGUAACUGGGAUUUUCUUCUUUUUUUUGCACCAAGACCAUUUGUUUUGCUGCAAAAUAAAUAUUACCAUAAUUUUGAA